GAACAACACAACAGAUCGAGACACCAGGAGGCGAAACCAGCCCAGAUAUUGCGCCCCGGCCAGCUGCCCAGCGGCCAAAGGUGAUCGUGGCGUGAGGAUCUCGGUGGGAACCAAGGGUUGGCAGCUAGAAAGCACAAGGCAUCAGGUACAACAUAUUUUCGCGGUCUUCGGCACCGGAAGGAAAGCUAAACGCGACCCUCUGGACAGGGGACUUGGCAAGGCAGGAGAGAGAGAGAGAGAGAGAGAGGGGAGUCGGGGAAGGGGUACGAGGUGGAAGGCAGGCAGCAUGCAGGUGCCGCCGGUGGACGUGUUGGUGGAGCGGCUUCGCGGCAGGGAGAACAACACAAGAUUGGUGUCGAGCUCCUACCUGUGCAACCACAAGUUUCAGGCUUUUCUGACCUUGGUGUUGCCAGAUUUAGAAAAUUCCGGCCCCAGAACACGUGACCCCGCCAAGGAGAAAGAAGUCCGGGAGGCCGCGGAAGGAGCCAUCAAGGAGAUUCGCACCUACGGCUUCGAGCUUCGGAAAGCGGAGGCCAUCGAGAAAACGAGCGAGCGGGAUAUCGAGGACUACAGCAACCAGCGGGAUCAGAUCGAGGAGAGCAUUAAGGGCGUGCAGGAGGAGAUCGGAGCACUGAAGGAGGGCCUGGUGGUAGAGCGUAAGAAGAGGCACAACAAGGAGGUGUACGAGGAGACGUGCAAGGAUAUCAACAAGUACCCUCCGCACAGGGCGACGAAGCUGGCGAUCGAGAAGCUCGAGCAGGAGCUCGUGUUGCUGCACGAGAGGCGAAAGGCGGUGCAGGCGGUGCAGAAACUGAAGCACAAGCAGAUUGCGCUCCUCCUGCAGUCGCUGACCGACAUUCAGGCCACGGUCGAAGAGGGCGAGGUGGAGGAGGAACCGACGGUGGGUGCCCUGGAGCUCAUCGGCCUGGACGAGGAGUUGGUAGUGGAUGGCACCGCAGAAGAAGGGGACGGGGACAAUGGAGACGGGGAGGAGGGCGAUGAUGACGGCAACGACGACGACGGAGAGGCGGAGGAAGAGGGGGAGCGGCGACGUGGCCGAAAACGCUCUCCGUCGGCCGAGAGCGACGAAGUCGAACGGGUCGCCGUCGGAGCAAAUGGGGAACCUGCACCUGUGAUGCCGGGUGUGCUGGGAGGGCUGGGCAGCCGCAAAGGAGUGCAUUCGUCUACGUUGUCCAAGCGACGGAAUCGGAAAGCGAUUCCUGUUUCAUCGGAAAUUGAUCCCUGCAACUACUUCAUCUGCGGAAUCUGA